GAAGUGUCGGCGCUCCCUGGCGGCCGAGGGCGCCGGAGCCGCGGCGGGGAUGCUCGAGGGCCGCCAGAGGAAGCUGGAGUCCAUGAUCCGCGACCCGCGCUCCCCGGUCAACGUGGAGAGCCUUCUGGACGGCUUGAAUUCUUUGGUCCUUGAUCUGGAUUAUCCAGCACUGAGGAAGAACAAGAACAUUGAUAAUUUCUUAAAUAGAUAUGAGAAGAUUGUGGAAAAAAUCCGAGCUUUACAAAUGAAAGCUGAAGACUAUGAUGUUGUAAAGGUGAUUGGAAGAGGGGCUUUUGGAGAAGUGCAGCUGGUUCGCCAUAAAAUGACACAGAAAGUUUAUGCAAUGAAGCUACUUAGUAAAUUUGAAAUGAUCAAGAGAUCAGAUUCAGCCUUUUUCUGGGAAGAAAGAGAUAUCAUGGCCUUCGCCAACAGUCCGUGGGUGGUUCAGCUAUUUUGUGCCUUUCAAGAUGACAAGUACUUGUACAUGGUAAUGGAAUACAUGCCAGGUGGAGAUCUUGUAAACCUUAUGAGCAAUUACGAUGUGCCUGAGAAAUGGGCCAAGUUCUACACAGCCGAAGUUGUUCUUGCUCUUGAUGCAAUUCACUCCAUGGGCUUGAUACACAGAGAUGUGAAGCCUGACAAUAUGCUUUUAGAUAAACAUGGGCAUCUGAAGCUGGCAGAUUUUGGCACUUGUAUGAAAAUGGAUGAAACAGGAAUGGUGCGCUGCGACACAGCCGUGGGAACCCCCGACUACAUAUCGCCCGAAGUCCUGAAGUCGCAGGGGGGUGAUGGUUACUAUGGACGGGAGUGUGACUGGUGGUCUGUAGGGGUGUUCCUUUUUGAGAUGUUGGUUGGCGAUACUCCUUUUUAUGCAGACUCACUAGUAGGAACAUACAGUAAAAUUAUGGAUCAUAAGAACUCAUUACAUUUCCCGGAUGACGUGGAAAUCUCUAAGCAUGCGAAGAACCUUAUCUGUGCCUUUUUAACUGAUAGGGAUGUGCGACUUGGGAGAAAUGGGGUAGAAGAAAUAAAGCAUCACCCUUUCUUCAAAAGCGAUCAGUGGAACUGGGACAACAUUCGAGAGACUGCUGCUCCUGUUGUUCCUGAGCUCAGCAGUGAUAUAGAUAGCAGUAAUUUUGAUGACAUUGAGGACGACAAGGGAGACGUGGAAACCUUUCCAAUCCCCAAAGCCUUCGUGGGAAACCAGCUGCCUUUCAUAGGAUUUACCUACUAUAGAGACAAUUUGUUGCUAAGUGACUCCUCUCAGUCUUGCAGAGAAAAUGAAUCUGUGCAAUCUAGUAAAAAUGAGAAAAGGCUAUCCCAAAAAAUCUGCUGCAGUGGACAGUCUCUGGCUACAGAGAACAGCAAAGGGCCGUUUCAGAAAAAACUAAGCAAACUAGAAGAACAGCUCAGUAAUGAAUUGCAAGCCAAAGAUGAACUAGAACAGAAGUACAGGUCUACAAGUACUCGUUUAGAGAAGAUACUGAAAGAGCUCGAUGAAGAGAUAACUUCAAGGAAGAAUGUAGAGUCUGCAGUCAGGCAGUUAGAGAGAGAGAAGGCUCUUCUUCAGCAUAAGAAUACAGAAUACCAGAGAAAAGCAGAACAUGAAGCAGAUAAGAAACGCAAUUUGGAAAAUGAGGUUAACAGUUUGAAAGACCAGCUUGAAGAUUUAAAAAAGAGGAAUCAGAACUCUCAAAUAUCUAAUGAGAAAAUCAAUCAACUACAAAGACAGUUGGAUGAAGCCAAUUCUUUGCUGCGGUCAGAGUCUGAUACUGCAGCCAGGUUAAGGAAGAACCAGACAGAAAGCACAAAGCAAAUCCAGCAGCUGGAAACUAAUAAUAGAGAACUACAAGAUAAGAACUGCCUGCUAGAGAAUGCGAAACUCAAACUGGAGAAGGAGUAUCUCAAUCUUCAGUCAGCUCUAGAAUCAGAAAGGAGAGAUCGAAGUCAUGGAUCAGAGAUUAUCAGUGAUUUACAAGGUCGAAUAUCUAGCCUUGAAGAAGAAGUGAAAAGUGGAAAGAGUGCAUUAGCCAAACUGGAAAUGGAGAAAAGACAAUUGCAGGAAAAGCUCACAGAUUUAGAAAAGGAAAAGAGCAACAUGGAAAUAGAUAUGACAUAUAAAUUUAAAGUUAUGCAGCAGAACCUUGAGCAAGAAGAAGCUGAACAUAAAGCCACAAAAGCACGAUUAGCAGACAAAAACAAGAUCUAUGAAUCUAUAGAGGAAGCAAAAUCUGAAGCCAUGAAAGAAAUGGAGAAGAAACUUUUGGAAGAGAGAGCUUUAAAGCAAAAAGUAGAAAAUCGGUUGUUGGAAGCUGAAAAGCAGCGCUCCAUGUUGGACUGUGAUCUCAAACAAUCACAACAGAAAAUCAAUGAGCUCCUUAUGCAAAAGGAUAUACUAAAUGAAGAUGUAAAAAACUUGACAUUAAAAAUAGAGCAAGAAACACAAAAGCGCUGUCUCACUCAAAAUGACCUCAAGAUGCAAACGCAGCAGGUCAACACCUUGAAAAUGUCAGAGAAGCAGUUAAAACAGGAGAAUAACCAUCUUCAGGAAAUCAAAUUAAGUCUGGAAAAACAAAACAAUGAACUCCGCAAGGAACGUCAAGAUGCAGAUGGACAAAUGAAAGAGCUUCAAGACCAACUCGAAGCUGAACAGUAUUUCUCGACUUUGUAUAAGACGCAAGUUCGAGAACUUAAAGAAGAAUGUGAGGAAAAGACCAAAAUUUGUAAAGAAAUGCAGCAAAAGAUACAAGAGUUACAGGAUGAGAGAGAUUCCUUGGCUGCUCAACUAGAGAUUACUUUGACAAAAGCAGAUUCAGAACAACUUGCCCGUUCCAUUGCUGAAGAGCAGUACUCUGAUUUGGAAAAAGAGAAGAUUAUGAAAGAGCUGGAGAUUAAAGAGAUGAUGGCAAGGCAUAAACAGGAACUUACUGAGAAAGAUGCCACCAUAGCUUCGUUGGAGGAAGCAAAUAGGACACUAACCAGUGAUGUGGCUAAUCUUGCUAAUGAGAAAGAAGAACUAAACAAUAAACUGAAGGAAGUACAAGAACAAAUUACAAAACUAAAAGAAGAAGAAACAAAUAUAGGAAAUAUUAAAGCACAAUUUGAGAAACAGUUGUUGACUGAAAGAACAUUAAAAACCCAGGCUGUGAAUAAAUUGGCUGAGAUCAUGAAUCGGAAGGGUCCAGUCAAACGUGGAUCUGACACUGAUGUACGGCGGAAGGAAAAGGAAAAUAGGAAGCUGCAUAUGGAACUGAAGUCUGAACGAGAAAAGUUAACCCAAAUGAUGAUCAAAUAUCAGAAGGAAAUAAAUGAAAUGCAGGCACAAAUUGCAGAAGAGAGUCAGAUCCGAAUUGAACUGCAGAUGACUCUGGACAGCAAGGACAGUGACAUUGAACAGCUUCGUUCCCAGCUGCAGUCCCUGCACAUUGGGCUGGACAACAGCAGCAUUGGCAGCGGGCCUGGAGAUGCUGAGGCAGAUGAUGGAUUCCCUGAAUCAAGAUUGGAAGGCUGGCUAUCACUGCCUGUUAGAAAUAACACUAAAAAAUUUGGAUGGGUUAAAAAGUAUGUAAUUGUAAGCAGUAAGAAGAUCCUGUUCUAUGACAGCGAACAAGAUAAAGAACAAUCUAAUCCCUAUAUGGUAUUGGAUAUAGACAAACUCUUCCAUGUCCGACCAGUCACUCAGACUGAUGUGUACAGAGCAGAUUCCAAGGAGAUUCCAAGGAUAUUCCAGAUUCUAUAUGCUAAUGAAGGAGAGAGCAAAAAGGAACAGGAAUUUCCUGUGGAGCCCAUGGGAGAGAAAUCAAAUUACAUUUGUCACAAAGGACAUGAGUUUAUACCUACCCUUUACCACUUUCCAACCAAUUGUGAAGCUUGUAUGAAGCCACUGUGGCAUAUGUUUAAACCUCCUCCUGCUCUGGAAUGUCGCCGCUGCCACAUCAAAUGUCACAAAGAUCACAUGGAUAAAAAAGAAGAGAUUAUAGCGCCUUGCAAAGUGUACUAUGAUAUUUCUACGGCAAAGAAUCUACUACUGUUAGCUAAUUCUACGGAAGAACAGCAAAAAUGGGUGAGCCGACUGGUGAAAAAAAUACCCAAGAAGCCUCCAGCACCAGACCCCUUUGCUCGAUCUUCUCCCAGAACUUCCAUGAAGGUACAGCCAAACCAGUCCAUCAGACGACCAAGUCGACAGCUUCCUCCAAACAAACCAAGAUUACUUGAUCUGGCAUUUAAGGACUGGGAUUGGUCAUUUGAUGAUGUUGAUGAUAUUGAUGGUGAUGAUGAUGACGAUGUUUUUGAUUUCUGAAGAAGUAUAAGGGCUAACUGCUUUCUGUGAAUGCAGACACAGUUCAAGGUGAUAAUUUUCUUCCCAUUACAGCAAGACUGAAACAUAUCCCAAAAUAUAUUAAAAAUAUAUAUUUUCCUGAGAGAUUGUGCUAUAUAUAUCAGAGGUUUACAUUUUUGCUGCAAUAUAAAUUACUAAUCUCUGAGGGUUUUCCUGUAUUCUCCCAAGUGACUGAUCAAUUGAGGAAUGGUUGGCAAAUAGUAAAAGGAUAUGUUAGGUAACCUUUUAAACUCUGUUCCACAAAAGCAAGACACAUACACUACAUUUCAUUAAAGGAUCAAGAGGAAUGAAUAUUAAAAUGGAAGAAACUGACUUCUCAGCUUUUGUAAAGAUGCCACCAGCACGUCUGCAAGUAGAACCGGAGGAAGAUCCACCAUAGUGAUAUAGACUGCAUCUGUAAGAAGUGACCAUUAUACUGUGUAUAUAUAUUGUACUGUAAUACUGCAAGAGGGUUUUAAAAAUCUUUCCACUUUAUUUUUUUAUGCUUAUUAAUCAGAUACCGUUACUUAUUGCAGUUGCAACUAUGCACUUGUAUAAAGCCAUACUGUUGAAGUUUAUAUCAUUCAUACACGUCUAUCAGAAGCUGCAUGUCAGUGUUCAGCAGCUAGUAUAGGUUUGAAGUAUGUACUAAUUUCAGCUAUACGUCAUCAUGGGCAGUCCUGUUUUACCUGUCUAAUUGCCUUAAUUUAAACUUUUUUCAAUUUUUUUUUGCCCAUUCUUUCUAUUUAAGGAAAAAGAAAGUUUACCGGCUCUUAGAAUGCAAUUUUGCUUUGUGGCAGAAAAAAUAGUGCACUAUUUUUACACCUAGUAAGUAUAUCAAUGUCAGCCUAUUUUGAAUGUAUAUUGACUGGUUUUAAGGGUGGAGAAGUGUUGGUUACAGAAACAAUGUCAGAGAGCAUUGGAAUUACCAGACCAUUUGCUUGUACAUGUAACUGCUCAUCCAGCCCUUUUUACGAACCUCAAUACUAGUUAUUGACUUAUAUUAACCCUCAUUAAGUGCUAUGAAACUUCAUUUUGCCUUGUUUUUGCAUACUCUCCUAGAUGUGUUUUUUUUUUUUAUUUCUGGAAAGAAAAAGAAUCUGUGACUAUUUUUACAUUUCACAACACAAUAUCCAAGGACUGUCACAAACUUUAAGAAAAGUAAAACAUACUGUAGAUGUAUUUUAAAGUUUUAAUCUGGUUCUCUAGCACAUAGCUGUAGGCAUAGAUAAAUAUUUCAGUAGUGUGUUUUGAGAACUGAUAGCUGGGAAGAAAGGGCCUCAGAGGCACUUAAUCUGACUUCUUUUUUUUAACUUGGAGUUGUACAAAAAAUAUAAUUUAUGUGGGCUCAUUCAUGAUGUGUUCAUAAUUAUCCCAGAAAAUGCAUGUUUUAUACAACUACAGUAUGCGAUGUUAAACAUAUUGACAGUAAAAAAUAUAGUCUCCUAUUUGGUCUCUUUAUAUAUAUAUAAAUAUAUAUAUAUAUUUAAAAUAUAUAUAUAUAUAAAAUAUUGUGUGGGAGUGCAGUAAUUUAAAAUAUGAUCUAACACUUCAAUGAAGGAGGACAUUUCACUUUAAAUUUGUUUUUGUUUUUGUUUUUUAAAGAGUGUUGAAAUGUUUGGAAGGAUAGGACCAUGAUUUAUUUAACACUAUCAUGAAAAGUGAACUUGGAAACACUGAAAUACUGAAAAUUAAAAAAUAUAUUUACAUUUUGUAACCUCUACUGCAGUUCAGCUUAACAGAGCCAGAAUGUAUUCAGUCUUCUAUUUAUGCACUCACAAAGUAAAAUGUUGUUUGUGAGUUCUUAAAAUCGAAGCUAAAACUUUCAUAUCAUUUUUAUUAGGUAUUCUAACCCAGCACACAGCUACAGUGUUUUUUCCCUGCUUGUUUUGAUUUACAGAAGUACGGUAUAUUUUUAGGUAAUGCAGAUAUGCAUAGAGAACAACAUUAAAAAUGUAUACAGUAAAACUGUUUCCGUUCACUGAAUGCAUAAAUAUUUUAUAUAUAUAUAUAAAAAAAUGUUACAUUGUGGGAAGUUCUAUCCUUUUCUGAAUUGGAGAAUAUUAUAUAUAUAUUUUUAAAUAAACUAUUUGAGUAAGGUAAAAUA